AUGAGCAAUAUAUCCAGCAUGUCACAGGAUCCGAACAAGGAGGAACAGCAAACAACGAUGGUCAAAGGGACACGAGCGUGCACUGGCUGUCGCGCGGUGAAGAUGAAGUGUGUCGGAGCGGACAUCAAGAGCGGGAAACCUUGCGAUAGGUGUGCGAGGCAGAAGUCCAGCUGCGUCUUCGAGCAGCAUCGUCGUGGACGAAAGCCCGGCUCGAUGAUGUCGGAGUCUUCCAAGAUGCUCCGCCGUCUGGAGAAACGUCUCGGUACGAAUAAGGCCAAGGGCGCUGCCCUGAAGGAUCGAAACGCACACUGGGUCGCUGACGGAGCGACUCUCAAGCCGUAUACGUACUCUCCCGACAACGACACCCAAGCAGCCGGUCUGCGCUUCGAUGAUCAAUCAGACGAGGAGGACGAGAAUGGUCCGCUGAUUACGCCUGCAAUGCUAAUCAAACAAGAGUAUAAGCGUCAGACAUCCCUUGAACUCGAUACCAACCCUUCGAAUUGGGCACCGCCCGUACUCGCGAGGGACCCCGUGAGCGCAGGAAUCAUCGACGAGGCGACAGUUCAUGUCCUUUUCGAAUUAUUCUUUGUGCACGUCAAUCAGUUUAUCUGCCUUUUUGAUCCUGCAUUACACACCGUCGACUAUGUCCGCACGCGCUCGCCCUUCCUGCUCACCGUCCUCCUCAUGGCAAGCUGCAAGUUCUUCAAGCCCGAGGCUUUUCAUCAAUGUCAGGGAUUGGCGCAAGAGCUUGCGGCACAUGCCUUGGCAGGGGAUUGGAAGUCGGUCGAGAUUGUACAAGCGUUCGCAUGUCUGUGUUACUGGGAAGAGCCGGGCCACACGCGAACCUGGACAUAUAUUGGCCAUGCCUGCCGGAUGGCAAUCGAAAUGGGGAUGAAUCGGUCCAAGCAGAAACAGCCUUCUGGAAAUGAUGAGACUGAGUUGCAACGUCGUGAGCGCCGGAACCGCGAGCGUACUUACCUAGUACUCUUCGUGCACGAUCGCUCGCUCGCUAUGCAUACCGGCCGCCCGUGGAUGCUCCCUGAAGACGAACUUGUGCGCACUGCAGACCGCUGGUACGAACAAUGCAGCGACGAAUCCCUGCGUCCUCGCGACAUAGUCGUCUCUUCCAUGGUUCAGCUCCGCUGUAGACUUAUUAAGACCACCGAGAACCUCCGUCUCGGACCGGUAAACUCGAGCCCACAGCCACAGGCAGAUGACGUGGAACGCCUUCAAAGUAGCAACGCAGAGCUCAUGAGCUGGAUCACCCACUGGGACGACGAGAUGAGGCGUUCCGGCGGGUCGCGUGUACACGUGUCUUUACUCAGAUGCAUGUGGCUUUACGUCCGCGUCCUGAGCAACUCUUACUUCCUGAAGAGUGCGUUGUCAGCCAAUACAUCAAUCUUGCACACUGUCGUCUCCACGUGCUACGAAUCCGCCCUCGAAAGUUUACGCAUCGCGUACGGCGAAUUCUCCCCGAUGAACGUUCUGCGGUAUGGUCAGGACUCGCUGACGCUGAUGAACGCGUACUCUGCAGCCUUUCUUGUCCGCCUUCUACGCCGGGCUGACACGCGUACGCUAAUGCACGCCAGCGCCGCGUUUGAGAUACAACAGGCCAUCAACCGGACUGCAAACGCAUACGAGACGGCGUCGGCAUCCUCUUCCGCAUGCAGCGGCUUGAUGCACCAUGUACAGUUCCUUCGAAGCCUGACGGCGCAAAGCAUUUUUCGAGCGCCCACAUACGCGUUUGACGGAACGUCGUCCUUCUACGCCCCUGGGCAACCUCCGCAGCAAGAGCAACCCGGCUCAUGGGCGGCAGCGCAGCCUUCAACUUCGAACUAUAACCACAUGAUGUAUGCGCCCUCUUGGGACAUGGCCGCUCUCACGCAGACCUACUCCCAUUCACCCGUCGUGCCGCAAGGCGUUACCGCACUUCCCGACGUGCCACAGCAACAAUAUAGUGCUACCUAUGGCCCGAUCAGCGGCGAAGAUCAUCAGUCCUACUGGGGACCGGCGUACCAGAAUGCGCAAAGUCAGGUUACUACCCUGGACCCUGGAAUCCAUGCACAGGCAUAUGACGAUGGAUGGCAAGCGUUCUGA